AUGAAAAUACACCCCGUCUUCCAUGUAUCGUUGCUAGACCCCGAUGCAAAUGAUCUUGUCCCGGGGCAAAUUCAACCACCACCCCCGCCUAUUAUCGUUGAACAGGAAGAGGAGUAUGCAGUUGAGGAAAUCUUGAACUCAUGGGGAACAAGAAACAACGGUCUGCAAUAUUUUGUUAAAUGGACAGGCUAUACCGACCCUACCUGGCAACCCGCCGCAUACCACGAUAAUACCGCCGCCGUUGAUAUUUUCCAUACACAUUACCCCGACAAACCUGGACCGUUGGAAGGAAAGAUUAAGGUUAAGACUCGCAGGAGCUCGCGCUUGAAGGGAGGGGCUACUUUCAUGGAUCGAUUAGUGAAUACACUGGGUUACGAGGAGUUGGAUUAG